AGAUCAGUCUCUUGCCAUGCGAAACGAAACGAGCAUUUAACGAGCUACAUUUAUUUGGGUUCUCAUUUUAAAAGGUUAAAUAGCUUGUUAGACUAAUUAUCUGCUCAGACGGUCCCAUUUUAUCUGUGGGGGUUCCAAUUAUACCGACUGUCAUCGAUGAAGACACUUUAUUAGAAGGUGCGCAGACAAACAGUUGUUUUCUUCGCAGUUAAAAUAACUAAAUCCAGGACUGCAGUGGGUUUCUUCCCCUACUUCACCUCUGCUGUAGCGCAACACGAGCCCGUCUGGGAUGAAGCGUGCCAGGGUUGUGGUGGUUGGAGCCGGUGUGGUCGGCCUUUCCACAGCCGUGUGCAUCGCUGAGACGCUGCCGCUCUGCUCCGUGACGGUGGUGGCGGAGAAGUUCAGCCCCGACACCACCAGCGACGGAGCGGCUGGGAUCCUGAUUUCUGAAUUUUUUCCAGAUAUUCCCCUGGCAAGACAAAGACAGUGGUUUAAGGACAGCUUUGAUCACCUGUUUGCCAUUGUUCAGUCAGAGAGCUCACCUGAAGCUGGAGUAAUGUUGAGCUCUGGCUGUCAAAUUUUCCCGGAGGUUCCAGCCGAUACCAAGCCGUACUGGUCCGAUUUUGUGAUUGGCUUUCGAUUAAUGACUGACCGUGAAUUAAAGCGAUUUCCAAAUCACAAGUUCGGCCAAGCGUUCACCACCAUAAAGUGUGAAUGUUCCAGCUACCUGUUGUGGCUCGAGAAAAGGUUUAGAAAAGCUGGGGGCUUAGUGCAACAAAGGAAAGUGAACAGUCUUGAGGAAUUAAGCAUCAGCUAUGAUAUUAUUGUCAACUGCUCGGGAUUGGGCUCCAAAUCGCUGGUGGGCGACGCCGAGGUGUACCCAGUAAGGGGCCAGGUUUUGAAGAUGGAGGCACCUUGGUUGCACCACUUCGUCAGAGUCGCAGAUGGGAAGACUUACAUCUACCCUGGUAUCCGCAGUGUGACCGUCGGCGGCACUAGGCAGGAUGGAGACUGGCGGCUACAGCUGGAUGAGGGCGACACAGAGAGCGUCCUGCAGCGGUGCACCAGGCUGGAGCCGUCACUCAGCCAGGCCAAAGUUCUCUGCGAAUGGGUCGGGCUGAGGCCCGGCAGGAGGAGCCCCAGGGUGGAACGGGAGCUGGUGCAGCUCCGCGGCUGCAGGGUUCCCAUGGUGCACAACUAUGGCCACGGGGGCAGCGGAAUCACUCUUUCCUGGGGUACGGCCCUGGAAGCAGUGGGGCUGGUGAGGCAGUGCCUUCACGAAAUGCCUCUAAAGUCUAACCUGUAAACAAAGUCUGCUACUAAAUCCAUUUUACUUAGUACAAGCAAAACUCACCUUGUAACAAUUAACAAGGGUGAUGGAAAACAACCACAAAUGAUACUUGAAAGAAAAAGAAAAUGCAUUUUCUAGUUUGCAUUAAAAAAAACACUGAAUUUAACAGCACCUUAAAUAAUUUAAAUAUUUUGAGAUGGUUUAUGUGACAAUGUCAUAAUAAUUUAGCAUCAUUAUAGAUGUGAGUAUACAGUAUAAACUACUGAAGGCAUAAUUAUACUAAGAAUUGUUUCCUUUGUUAGUUGAGUGUUUGUCUGACAGACAUUAAAGCAGGUUUAUUGCUGACAGUAAGGUGAUUAACAUUGAGUUUAUAGAAGAUACUUUUAUUAUUAAAUUAAGAAUGAAAAAAAAAUCCUGUACACACAUAACUGAAAAUGAUUGACUUUACAGAUUUGGAAAGAGUUAUUUUUCAGUUUUAAGGUAUUGACAAACCUUGUACAAGCAUUCUGCUAAUAAACUGUUAAAACUCCUGUGAUUAAAUAAAGAGAUUCUUUGCA